AUGAGCGGCUUCCCGGGUAACCUUUCAGAUAGCCAGAAGGAGAAAUUAAGAAAGUUCAAGGAAAAUGUUGCAGACGUUCUUAAGCCAGAGCAUGACGAUGUCUUACUCUUGAAGUUCCUUAGGGCAAGAAAAUUUGACCUGAAAAGGACAGAGAAGAUGUUAAAAAUGGAUAUCAAGUGGAGAGAAGAAAAUAAGGUCAGCACCAUUUUUGAUUGGUACAAGAUCCCAGAGAGAGGAUUGAAGCAUACUGAGGGAUCUUUGAUGAUCUUUGACAUGGAGAACCUUGGAGUACAUCAUCUAUGGAAACCGGCUAUUGAUAUGUUCAUCAAGACUGCUGUGAUUGCUGAGCAGCAUUAUCCAGAGUUGAUCUACCGUCUCUUCAUCAUCCGAGCACCCAAGAUCUUCCCGGUGACCUAUUCAUUAGUCAAGCCUUUCCUCCGUGAGGACACCAGAAAGAAAAUCCAGGUUUUGGGAAGUAAUUGGAAGGAGGUUUUGUUGAAGCAAAUAGACCCCGAUCAGCUACCGGUUUACUGGGGAGGAACCAAGACAGAUCCUGAUGGAAACGAGAUGUGUACUUCACUGAUAAGAGUGGGUGGCAAAAUUCCCAAGUCAUUCUACCUAAAGGACCGUGAACCGCCGCAUACACUGACAACGCAUGAAGUGUCAAGAGGGGGAGUCAUCGAAUUCAAGUAUGAAGUCAAGAACGCCAACAGCGUCAUGAGGUAUGAGUUUCAGACGGAUUGCAGUGACAUCAAAUUUGGGUUUGAUCUCGUGGACGCGAAGGGUAAGAAGACUGCCAUUUUGAAACUGGAGAAGUACAACAGUCACAUGGUACCUGAGAACGGAGAACUCAUGAUCGCUGAACCUGGCACAUACGUUGCACGAUUUGACAACAGUCACAGCUGGACUAAAUCAAAGAAGCUCUCCUAUUGGCUGGAGCUAUUGGAGCCUAGUGACGUAGAACCAGAGUUUCAGGAGAUGGUGGAAGGAGCAGAUAGCAUGAACCUCAAUGAUUAACGAUUACAGGGAGUGGUUUACAAAAUGGCGACCACGUGAACUAAUGAUAUAUGGAUCUACAAAGCACUUUUCCUUAUGAUACAGUGUAUAAUAACAGCUACAUAGUUCUAAAAGGUAGU